AUGUCAUCAUCGUCUGUAUCUGAUGAAAUUCUCAAAUUUGCUACACAAUAUUCACUUUAUACUGGUUGUAUUAUGUUUAGUUUUGGAGUUAUUGGUAAUGUGUUAAAUCUUCUCGUUUUUACUCAAUUGAAAUUAUUUCGAACUAAUCGAUGUGCUUUCUAUAUAACUGUUGAAUCAAUUUCUAACUUCAUUUAUCAGCUUUUAUCUAUUACUUUAACUAUUUUAACAGCAAUAUAUGGAGAUGAUGCAACAGGACGUUUUCUCAUUUGGUGCAAAUUAAGUGGCUUUCUACCUGUUGUAAUUGCGUCAUUAUUUAGUAUCUUAGCUUACCAUAAUGUUCGUCAUAUAGUUCGACGACAGUUACCUAUUGUUCGUCGUAAACUAGACAAACAAAUAACAGCAAUGGUUCUGAUGCGUGUAAUUGCCUUUGUUUGUUUGUCAUCACCGUAUAAUGCUUAUCGUAUCUAUUCCAUUAAUUUUCCUACAUCACGAAGUAUGCCUAUGGCAUAUGCAAUUAUUAGAUUGAUUCAAGCAAUUCUUCUCUCUAUUUUCAUUACAAACUAUACGAUCAACUUUUAUAUUUUCAUAUUGUUCUCAUCACGUUUUCGUCGUCAAGUAAAACUUGUUCUAGUAAAAAAAUGUUGGGAACGAUGGAAAUAUUGGUGUUGUCGCAUAAAUAAUCAAAUUGAACCUGUCAACAGUGAAACACGUAAUUCACAAAUGGAGUCUGAAGAAAAUGUCUAA